CACGGCCGCUAUAAUGAUCAAUAAUGACGAUUCUAGUAGAUUUAUUUGCGACGAAGACGCUUCCUAAGUGAUCCUACGCAAACUUUUCUCAGACACCGUCCCAUAAAUCGACAGCCCCAGACAUCAGAAGCGGCGGGCAAAGCUUAUGGCAAGCAACUAGGCAACCCGCUGACGGAGAGAAAGGAAAAAGAGAGCGGAGAAGAUGAAGAGCAUUCCGGUUCUGCUGCUGGGCUGCGGCGGCGUCGGCCGUCAGCUUCUCGAGCACGUCGUCAACUGCAGAGCUCUCCACUCCCAACAGGGUUUGGUACUACGAGUGUUGGGGGUCUGCGACAGCCGAUCUUUGCUCGUGGUUGACGACGUUGCGACGAAGGGAAUGCAAGAUUCCUUUUUGAUGGAAAUUUGCCGUGCGAAAUCUUCCGGUUCUUCUUUAUCAUCCCUGCUUAGACUUGGUCAGUGCCAAAUAUUUAAGGACGCAGAAAUGAUGGAUAAGGUUAUUGAUAUUGCUGGCCUUCUUGGCAGAUCCACUGGUCUUGCAGUAGCUGACUGUUCUGCCAGCUCUGAGACUGUCAAUAUAUUGAAACAAGCUGUUGGUCUUGGUUGUUGUAUUGUGCUGGCAAACAAGAAGCCACUAACUUGUGGAAUUGAAGCUUAUGAAAAGCUAAUCUCAAAUUUCCGCCGCAUUCGAUUCGAGUCAACUGUUGGAGCUGGUCUUCCAGUAAUAGCUUCUGUUACCCGUCUACUUGCAUCAGGGGACCCCAUAUAUCGUAUUAUUGGGAGUUUGAGUGGUACCCUAGGGUAUGUUAUGAGUGAAGUUGAGGCUGGGAAGUUGUUCAGCGAAGUUGUUCAAGCAGCUAAAAGUCUUGGAUUCACAGAGCCAGAUCCACGUGAUGACCUCAGUGGGAUGGAUGUGGCCAGGAAGGCUUUGAUCCUUGCUCGACUUCUUGGACAGCAGAUUAACAUGAAUGACAUAAAGGUUGAUAGUUUGUACCCUGAGGAACUGGGGCCUAACUCGAUGACCGCAGAAGAUUUCCUCAGAUGUGGUCUUUCAUCAAUUGAUAGAGAUUUUCAAGAAAGAGUUAGAGUGGCUUCUUCAAACGGGAAAGUCCUUCGCUAUGUUUGUAUGAUUGAGGGAUCAAGGUGCGAGGUUGGUUUACAAGAGCUUCCAAAGGAUUCUCCAUUGGGGAGAUUGAGAGGAAGUGACAAUGUGGUUGAAAUAUACAGCAGGUGUUACAAGGACUCACCUUUGGUGAUCCAGGGAGCAGGAGCAGGGAACGACACUACAGCUGCUGGAGUCCUUGCCGAUAUCAUCGAUCUUCAAGAUCUUUUCCAGUGAGACCUAUUAUUAAGGAGGGGCAAUAUGACGAUGAGUGUGCACGGAAUCCGACAAGGGCAUCAAUAAUUUUUGUCCUCCAUUUGCUGGGUGGGAAUCAAGAGUCUAAUUGAUAUUUGGAUCGUUGCCUUAUUUUCUCUUGUAAGCAGUUCGCUGAAUUUUUUGACAACUAUAUGGUCUAAGUGAUGUUCUGUAAUCCUGGGAUUGGCGUUCACCAAGUCAUUCACUUCCUGAGCAUUUAGUAA